AUGUGCACAGGAGACGGUGACGAGCACCCAAGCCAUAACACCGAUUGCAAAGAGUCCCAGAGUAGCAUUGAAGAGCACCUAGCGAGAAAACCACAGGUGAUUUCGCUCGGGGCGGGUAAGGAUUCCUUGUUUUUCCGAUUGAUGGACAGGGGGACGGCGCCAUCAGGGGGCUACUUUGAGGUUGACUUCCCGGCGGUCUCGACAUGGAAAGGCGGGUUGGUCGCCAAGACGCCCAUUCUGUCGGCUCUAGCAAACGAUUUGUACAAGCUGGUGGCGGCCGACCUUCGGGACAUCACGGCACUUGAAGACGCCCUUAUCAUGGCGGGGGUGGAUUUGGCGGCGCCCACCAUGUUCCUGGCGGAGUGCGUACUGGUGUACAUGGAGCCGGCCGAUUCCAGCGCGUUGUUGCAGUGGUGCGCCUCGAAAUUUCCAGAUUCGCUUUUCGCCGCGUACGAGAUGACCAGCCCUCACGACGCGUUCGGAAAGAUGAUGAAGCAAAACAUUCAGAGAAUGGGCUGCAUGCUGCCCGGUCUCGAGCCAUUCCCAAGCCUGCUGUCGCAAGAGGAGCGCUUCAAAAAGUCUGGUUGGGACUCGGCGAGUGCGAUCGACAUGCUGCAAGUGUUCCAGGAAUUAUUGGACCCCGCAGAGGUGCGGCGUGCUUCGAAGAUCGAAAUUCUGGACGAGGUUGAAGAGUGGGAGCUGAUUAUGCAUCACUACUGCCUCGUGGUUGCUGCAAAGGGCGAACAUACUGUCGCUCGCCUGAGCGGAAACCCCGUACUUUCGAGGUAGUAUUUGUUUACUUGUUUGCCGGACAAGUGAUGGCGGAAUACCAUCUGUCUAGGAGUGCGGAUGGCACAUAAUCGGCAUGCCACAGAGUUGAUGGUCGUUGGGCUCGAUGGAUAUGUCGCACUCGUUGCGGUCUUGGAAAUUGUGCACAGUCGGUACCGCUCCUGAAGGCAAAGAUGGUGUCCUAUGCUGAGAGAACUAUGAGGCGGCGGCUAAGGGAGGGGUGAUUUGUAUGACAGGUUUUGGCCGAAAAGUACUUUGUUUUCAGCUGUGUUACCUUCUAUACCCCUACUGUGGUGUAGACGCGCUUGGGUUGACUAUAUCUUGCAACUUGGUUUUGUCUAGAUGAGGAUCUCUCCGAUUGAUUGAAUACUAAUCCUGCAUUGGCUGAGCAAGUGCGUGUUCGAGGGUUCACUGAGUCUAUUGCGAGUCGUAUUUGUCGACCAGUCUUGCUAGUGUGGUAGGGGCAUGUGCAGCAACGAAUUUCCAGUGUGCAUGAAUCGAUGGCGAAGUCCACGGUGGUAAGCGUCAGCAUGGAGCAAAAUUUAUUGAAACCCUCCUAAUGCAUUGUCAACUGCUCAAGUGGAGAAACGUCGCCGGCUUGAUGACGCGCACGCGUUGCUUCUCAACACUGGUAUGCGGAUUGUUCAAGCUUCCACGGAUAAGGCAUCGACACUGUCGAACAAAGCACCCAGAAAAUGAGAAACAGAAGCGUGUGUGCAACGCUACAGUCCAAUCAGUAUCCAUCUGGCAAACCAAAACAAAUGAAGUUGCACACUUUGCCCAAACCAUGCGCGCUCUGGUGGUGGACAUUCAACCAAGGGAACA